AUGGCAGAGAAGCUGUCCAUCCUUUGUUUCGGUGAUUCCCUAACGGCGGGCUAUUACCGGUGGGGGCUCGAGCACCACCCGUACGCGAUCAAACUUGCGGGCAUCCUCGCGGCAGAAUUUCCCAACGCCGGAAGGACAAUCGAUGUGAAUGGGGUCUCAGGCGACCUGGUAGUAUACCCUCCGGGGUCAUUUCUGUCCCGGAUACAAGAGAAAUGUGCAAAGAAGCAGUACGACUGGGUUAUUUUUCUGGGAGGAACCAAUGAUUUAGGAUACGGCAACCGGGCCGACAUGAUUUACUACGCACUGAAAGACUGUUGGGACGUUGCUCUCGCCACUGGCGCGAAUGUGCUCGCCUUGACCGUCCCUGAAUGUGGGGUCAAAUCCGAUACCUUGGAUACGAGACGCGACACGUUGAACUCCCAUAUUCUGGAACAUCAAGCUGAGCGAUACCAUGUCUUUGACUUGCACAGCAAAAUUCCGUACCACACUGCCUCGGAGAGCUUCCGGGAUGAGAUGUUUGACGAUGGAUUGCAUCUAACAGCCAAGGGCUAUGAUUUUAUGGGGACCGUGGUGGGAGAGCAUCUGGUGAACUUGAUCAAGGGGAAAAAGGGCAGUGAAUGUUAG